AUGCUCAAGUUCGGUGACCACGACACCGCGCUCUUCCGCGCCAAUCUCCUACCACCCUGUGGUGACGAAAACCUCGACAUUUCGUGUGGGGGUAUUGAAGUCAAGGAUUCGAUCCUUAGAGCCCGUAGAAUGAAGCUCGAAGCAGAACGUCUUGAGACUAUUGCCAUGGUGAACGUCAUGCGCCAGGAACGCAUCGCGAGAUUCGUCAAGGACAUGGCGGACGCCGAGGAGCUGGAGGAUCAGAAACUUAGGGCUAAGAUGGCGAGGGCUAUUGCGAAGCUUAACUUGGACAACUAA